AUGGACCUCGACCUGGGACCUGGACACCGAGACGGGCAACACUCUUACUGCGUCGACGAGCCGUUAUGCGGACCUAGCCUUGGCUGGCGAGGCGAGUGGCGCGGCGGGGACGUCCCGCCCGCCACCUAUGGCAAAUCAGCGUACGAAGGGAAGACGCGAUGGCGCAUUCUGACCACCAACGACGGCCUGUCGUGUUUUGGAUGUGGGUGGGCCGCAGACAUCCUCACUCACCACCACCGAGAUCAGGGAAGCCGCUGCCGGACGACCAGCGACCGAAACCAGCAACGGCGCCCCGAGCGACGCAAAGAAUGGGGGCGCAACAGCAGCUACGGAGGCCGACAAGCACCUCCAGUUCCUGAUGGGGCUCAUUCCUGGAGCCCAAAGAUCGGGAAACCACGACGAAAACUCGGCUCUGGAGCGCACCUGCUGGAAGUGUCGUGCCGUUGCUUUGCACGACGCGUCCGCAAAGGGCACCGCUGCCGGCACUUGCACCAGCGCACCAAAAGUGCGCACGCAGCAGAAGAAAUCACGGGAGGGGGCCAGGACCCCACCCGAGACCGACAAAGACGGGUUUUCAAGGCUCACGAGGAAGCAAACUGCGAGGGCAGUUUUGCUAGCAGUAUAAGCAGGCGGAGUAAACCCGCCAACCGCUACAGCAGCCUUCCUGAUGCAACAGCUGAGGCUUCCGACUCACAGCAGCCAGAGAGGGCGCCCCCUCCCCCACCGGUUGUCAUCCAGUGGGAAGGCACUUUCAAAGAGUUCGAGACGAAGAUCAAGCAGGUGGUGAAGGGCACCUUCACAACGCGGACGGCAGACAACGCCCCCGCCGCUUCGGCGCCCGCCGAGCAAGCCCUGUCUCCACCGACGCAGACGACAGAGACGCCAGCUGCGCCCAGUGAAGCUGCAGAGCUGCGCGAAAUGCUGCGAGAAUUCGAGCAGCUCAUACUGCAGCUUCCGCAGAUGAUAGUAUCUGCCCUGACUGCGCCCAACCAGGCCACCACGACACAUGCAGCCCCUGCCCCACAUCAUGGCUACCACUCUAAUACAGGGGCUCAGCCGGCCGCGGUGGCCGUGCGGUCUGAGCGGCUGUCGGCGCCUGCGCGUCUGAGGCGCAAGGAAGGCGGGAGGUGCGGACUGGAUUCGCAGGCGCAGUCGCCACGCCGCCGCACCGAGGUGCCGCCGCCGCUGCGCCUGCACGUCGACGCCGACGCCGACGCCGACGCCGAGGCGGACCUCCCGGCGUGCAACGCGCAGGUGUGCCUGCUGCCGGCAGAGCCGCGACACCAGCCGGAGGGCUGUUUCCACGACGUCUGGCAGACAGAGGACGCAGCCGGCGGGGAGUCGGGCGAGGUGGCCCUGGCGCACGCCGCAACCGAGAUCCCGCAAGUCGUAGUCGACGAAUGCAGCGCCGACGACCGGGACAACCUGUCCGACGCGUCGCUUGCGGAGGCUAGCGAUACGAUAUACGAGGAAGCUGUGGCCAGCUUGGCCGAGGAACAUGGCGGGAGCUGCGUGGGCGCGCUGGCGGAGGACGCGGCCUCCGUCGCCAGCAGCGGCAGCCGCCGCUGGUCCCCCGGCGAGGUCAACCUCGGCUUCGAGGACACCGAGCCAGACCUGCGCUACGUCGACAUCUCGCGGCCCGACGCCGAUCACCUGCCCUGGUACUUCUCGCCACACUCUCCCGAGGGCAGCAGUAGUCGCAGCCAGCGGCCGCACUCCAUCGCAGUACCGGCCGACGAACUGCAGCGGCGAGAUCCACUGCGCGCCACCGCGCCUCACCGCCACACGCGGCCGUGCCGCGCCUCCGCGCCGCCCGCGCCCACGCUAGCGCACCAAGCGCCGCCGCCCGCAGAUUUCCCGCGCAGGUACAGCACGAGCGCGGUGGGGCGGCGGCUGCAGAGCCUGGGGCACCGACCCAGCGCCAGCUCCUCCUCCUCUUCCAGCACCGACUCCGCCCCGGAGAAUAGCCCGCAGCACGCACCCGAGUCCCAGGACAGGACUGGGUCUGGCAGAGGUGGGCGCAGCAGCGGCCAGGGCUGCUGGCCGCACGGGCUGAGCUGCAUGUUCGCCACCCUGGGCUGCACGCUCGGCCUCUUCAACAUCAGCCGCUUCGCAGUCUUCAGCGUCCAGUUCGGCGCAAAUUUUAUACUGCAGUUCAUGUUCCUGACUCUCAUCCUCGGCAUACCACUGCUUACUGUCCAAGCGUCCCUGGGGCAGUAUCUCAAUGCCGGAAUCAUGGACAUGUGGAGAAUCUCUCCAAUUUUCCAGGGUGUCGGUGUAGCACUGUUAGCAUCACAAGCUUUAAUUGGAAUCUACAGCAUAGUUGGAGUGUCAUGGAUGUUCAUCUACUUCCGUGACUCAUUUAUAACUAAACAGGACCAGUAUCCGUGGGCUGUUUUUGAACAAUAUCGUCAAGAACCACAAAUAAAUGGUACUCACAAACUUGAAGAAACAGUACCUGACUACCUCAAUGGAAUGGUCCUUCAAAGACAAAGUCUUGUCUCUCCAGAUCCUUCAUUUGGGCACCUUAAAUUCCAAGUUACAUUCAAUUUGGCUGUAGUAUGGAUGAUAGUAUUUGUUUCUUUAAGCAAAGGCCUUAAAUCAUAUGGCAAAGUUGUUUAUGUCUUCUCAUUGUUUUCUGUUCUUGGGAUGUUGAUACUUUGCACAAAAAUUCUUGGUCUAACAAAUACUUCAUCUGGACAUAAGGUUUUCCCAGAAACAGUAUGGAGUGAAUUUUUCAUUAACACAAAGUGCUGGGUGGCUGCUACAACAGAGGUUUUCUAUACAUGGGGUUUGCUGGGAGCUGCUGUUAUGCAGAUUACAUCUCAUAACCAGCACAAACAUCUCCUUCAUCGAGACAUCAGCAUUGUUAUUAUUGUCACACUUGCAGUUUUACUGCUCUCAGCAUUCCUUGCUAACACUUGUGUUGAACUGCUAGCAGCUAGUGGCUACACCUACAUUCCAAGUUCAUUUGAACAAUUACGAACUGUGACAUUCCUUCAAGCUGAAGGUGCACCACCGCAUCCAAUAUUUGCAAGAACACCUGUGCGCUACAUGUCUCAUAGCAUAUUUAUACUUGGGUCACGUGUUCUGCUUCCUGGUAUGGAUUCAGCAAGGGAAAGUGGUUAUCAAGUGCUGAGACUAGCAACAGAGCUAGCACCAGCAACAUUUGCACUUAUGGGCUCUGAACGAGUCUCACCUUUUUGGGCAGUGCUCUUUUAUUUUGUUUUGAUAACAUUUGGAAUUGCUCAACAGCUGGCCAUAUGGCACUGUGUAAUUACAGGAAUAACAGCUAUAAAAUCAUCCAGCCUUAAAUCAUGGGAAACAACAAUUACAUUCUUUAGCUGUGCCUGUGGAUUUGUUCUUGGAUUGCCCAUGACCACAGAGCUUGGAAUAUUUGUUGUCUACUUCAUGGACUUUGUUGUUGGCUCUGGAUGGUGGAUUAUGGUGCUUUAUCUCCUGCAAAUUGCAGCUGUUUUUGUGGUACGUGGUCGCCCAUACAGUGGAGAGAGUGUUGUCUCAACAUUGUUUACGAAAGGCUCAGGAUGCUUACAAGUAUGGGCUGGGCCCAUGCUUGUUUUUACUUGGAAUGUUAUUCUGCCAGUGGCACUAAUGGUUCUGUGCAUCACAAUUUUUAAAAAUGGUCGUUAUCGUGAAAUGUAUAUCUGGCACAAUACAGGUCAUGAUUACUGGCCAUUGUGGGUGAGGGAAAUCGGAUCACUAAUGCAGAUUCUUCCAUUGUUAGCUGGCCCUCUGGUGGCAGUGAUACAGAGUUGCCGCUACCUUUCUGGUGGUCCACCAGAUCUCUUUGAUAGAAUCCGAUUACUUUACCGCCCACCGGUAGAUGCAGAAGAGGGUCAUGACAGUACCCAUUCUACAAAUAAUGUUAACACAACUAGCACUACCAACAUCAUAUCUUCACCUGUGCAAGAACCAGCUUUUGAGGAUCCACCACCUAAAUAUACUCCUCCACCAUCAUAUACUACAGCAACUGGAGCAAGAAUUGCAAAGCUGUUAAGGCAAAGCUUCCGACGUAGUGUGCGCAGAAUCACACAAGCUCUGACUGACAGCAGCAACACCUCUGAGUUCCCUGCCGGGCCAAGGUCAUUAGCAGCUGCAGUAACUGCAUCAUCCAGUAACAGUCAAGCCCCACCUCCAGAUUAUGCUGCUGUGCUUGUGGAGAUGAACUGCCCUGUUAAUAGUGAGGCAAACAUGAACCCCUCACAGUCCACCAUGACAGCUGCCGAAGUUGUUAGUGUCCUCAGAAGCAGUGUUCGAAGGCCAGCGCCGCGAUCCCAGCAAGAUAAUGUUGAACCUGCAAAGGUGGAACGGCAUUCAACUUCUCUGAUAUGAUACCAAAGAUGUGGUCUCAGUAACAUUAUCUGUGUCUCUUCAGACUUUUGUGUGUGUGUGUGUGUUUUCUUUUUUUUAGCCAAAUUAAGAUUAACUAAAAUUACUGUCAUCUCUUGUACUUUCAUUGUAUUGAUAACUGAAUUUACAAUUCAGAUAUCAGUGUGUACUGAUAUAUGUGGAACAUAUAGCAAAUGUCAGUGUUUACUGAAAGUUCAGUCUUGGAGGACAUUCACAGAACCUGUGUGUGUGUGUGUGUGUGUGUGUGUGUGUGUGUGUGUGUGUGUGUGUGUGUCCCAUUCACUGAUGUUUUAUUAUGGAUUUUAUCCAUGUAUUGUACUUUUGGAAAAAUUAUGCGAUGAUGCAAAAAUGAUUUGUAAUAAAACAUAAAUUCUUACUGGACAAUGGUUA